ACAGGCUUUGGAGAUCGACGCAAUGAAUAGGGAAUGCCUAGUGGGCCGGAGCAAAUGUUAUCUUCGCCUUCAGAAUACUGACGAGGCGCUGAAAGACGCAGAGGCCGCGUUGCAGAUUGAGAAAAAUUCUCAUCAGGCAAUAUUCCAAAAAGCAGAAGCCCUGUUCUGCCGUGGGGAUUACGAACACGCAUUGGUUUACUACUCAAGAGGAGCGAAACUGAGGAAAGAUCUUGAUUGUUUCCGACUGGGAAUUCAAAAAUCUCAAGACGCAAUCACAGCAGCGGUUGGCGCGAAUGGAAAUGCCUCCAAAUUGACCCCGACAAAGGAUGCUGAUUGCCGAGUGAGGAUCAAAAAGGGCAAGCAAAAGAAAACCCACCGUUGA